AUGGCGGCCUGCACGGGUUCAGGUGUUGUGGUUCCUAGAAGCUUCCGUUUGUUGGAGGAGUUGGAUGAGGGCCAGAAAGGCUUCGGGGACGGCACAGUGAGCUGGGGCCUGGCAGAUGAUGAGGACAGAACGUUGACGUACUGGACAGGUGUAAUCUUUGGACCACCAAAGACUUCUUUUGAAAACAGAAUAUACAGCCUGAAGCUUGAAUGUGGACCCAAAUAUCCAGAGCAACCUCCUGUGGUGCGCUUCAUAACUCAGAUCAACAUGAACGGUGUGCACAGAUCGACCGGAGCGGUGGACGCAAAGGCAGUGCCAUCUUUGUCUCGAUGGAAGAACUCUUAUUACAUCCGGACGGUUCUGAAAGAGCUCAGACACAACAUGAUGGCAAAGGAGAACUGCAAACUGUCCCAGCCGCCUGAAGGCCUGGUGUACAGCAGCUGA